AUGGAAGAGAAGGACGCAGAAUCUCCUGGAACUGACAAGAGAGCAAGGAAAGGCCCCCAUCCCAUCCAGGCUGGGAGUGGUGUUCAAUUCUGGGAAAGAGCUGUGCCAGAAAUCCUGGCUCAGGACACUGUGAUCACUGAUGAACAUUGCCAGCGUUUCCGGCACUUCUGCUACCAUGAGGCUGAUGGGCCCCGAGAGGUUUGCAGCCAGCUCCAUAAACUUUGCAACCGCUGGCUGAAGCCGGAGAGGCACACCAAGAAGCAAAUCGUGGACCAGGUGAUCCUGGAGCAGUUCCUGAUCACCGUGCCCUCGGAGAUGGAGAGCUGGAUGUGGCGACCCUCUGUGAAGAUGGAAGCUAACUUCUCUGAGGCGGAAAGAGCUUCAUCAGAGGACGGGCAGAGAGUGCAGGUCCAGGUGUGUGCCCAAGAUGCCCUCUCACCUGGCAGUGAAGAGAUGCUGUCGAGCCACUGUCUUUGCAGAAUAGUAGAAAUGGCUGCUUCACCUCCAAUCCAGCAUCAAAGAACCCACACAGGGGAAAAACCUUUUGAAUGCAUAGAGUGUGGAAAGAAAUUCACUGAGUGUGGCAGUCUUCAAAUUCAUCAAAGAACCCACUCUGGGGAGAAACCGUUUGAAUGCUUAGAGUGUGGAAAGAAAUUUACUAUGUGUGGCAAUCUUAGAAAGCAUCAAAGAACACACAUAGAGCAGGAACCUUUUGAAUGCUCAGAGUGUGGAAAGAAGUUCCGUUGCAAUCGCAGUCUUCAACGGCAUCUAAGAACCCACACAGGUGAGAAACCUUUUGAAUGCCCAGAGUGUGGAAAGAAAUUCACUACAAGUUCCGGUCUUCAAAUUCAUCUAAGAACUCACACAGGGGAGAAACCUUUUGAAUGCCCAGAGUGUGGAAAGAAACUCACCUCAAGUUCCAGUCUUCAAAAGCAUCUAAGAACCCACACAGGAGAGAAACCUUUUGAAUGCCCAGAGUGUGGAAAGAAAUUCUCUACAAGUUCCAGUCUUCAAAUUCAUCUAAGAACCCACACAGGGGAGAAACCUUUUGACUGCUCAGACUGUGGAAAGAGAUUCAGUCGAAGUGACACUCUUCAGCAGCAUCAAAGAACCCAUACAGGAGAGAAAUCAUUUCAGUGCUCAGAGUGUGGAAAGAAAUUCAAUCAGAGCAGCAAUCUUCAACAGCAUCUAAGAACCCACGCAGGGGAGAAACCUUUUAAAUGCUCAGAAUGUGGAAAGAGAUUCAGUCAGAGUGGCACUUUUCACGUACAUCUAAGGACCCACACAGGGGAGAAACCUUUUGAAUGCCCAGAGUGUGGAAAGAAAUUCACUACAAGUUCCGGUCUUCAAAUUCAUCUAAGAACUCACACAGGGGAGAAACCUUUUGAAUGCCCAGAGUGUGGAAAGAAACUCACCUCAAGUUCCAGUCUUCAAAAGCAUCUAAGAACCCACACAGGAGAGAAACCUUUUGAAUGCCCAGAGUGUGGAAAGAAAUUCACUACAAGUUCCAGUCUUCAAAUUCAUCUAAGAACCCACACAGGGGAGAAACCUUUUGACUGCUCAGACUGUGGAAAGAGAUUCAGUCGAACAGUAGUCUCGUCUCGCUGUCACCGUGGCAUGGUUCCUCGUGGCCCGAUCAGCUGA